GGGGGGGAGGGCGGCGAGGGAGGGGAGAACGAGGAGAGAGGGGAGCGGAUGGAGGAGAGCGGUGGGGAGGCCGUACCUGGAGAAGGAAAGAUGAGUGCUGGAGGGGGAAAUCCAGGUGGAAAGAGAAAGAGAGGGCAGGGGCUGGGGGGAGGGGAAGGCGGGGGCUUCGGCAGUAAGAGGAGUUGUGCCGAACCCGCUACAGCAGGGGCUGGGUGCGACUGGGAAGGCGAGGUUACCGGGCAGGUGACGGAAACUUUUUACGGGUUCCAUCUGGGGCACACCCCUCCGUCCCCCUCGUCUCUCUUCCGCUCUGCUGCCGCCGCCGCCGCAGCCGCCGCUGCUGCUGUCACUGGUUCUGACACUCACUUACCAGCACCUCAAACCGCGAAUGGCACCGCCUCGGUAACAGGGUUACCGUGGGCCGAUGAAGGGUGCGAGGCGAAUGCAUGGAGUGAAAAUCAACCUAGUCCUGAAAAUCCCCAACAGUCUCGUGGAGGGUUGGAGUCAAAUGGACACUCCACCAUCCGAGGAGUCUCUCCACUCUCACAACAACCCAUCCCUCGACCCCCAACCGACCCCACACACCCCUUCUCUCAGCCUUCCCCCCACCCCUCCUCUCAUCCUUCCCCCCACCCCUCCCCCCCAGCCUCCUCUCCCCAGUCUCCCCUCAACUCUGCACCCAACUCGUCUCCCUCCACCCCUCUCCCCCCCUCCCUCUCGUCCUCCUCCCCUGCCUCGUCCAACCUGCUCGCCCCUCUCCCACGAUCCCUUGCCCGCCAGAGGCCCGUGGCCUCACUCUCACCAAGCCGGGACUGUUUUCCGGGCAGCUUCAAAGAAUUAGGGCAGUUUGAAGGGCAGGGAAUGCAAGACAAUUAG